CCGCAUUUUGGUCCCAAAAAACGGGUCCGGAUUCCGGGCUAAAGAUCCAACAGUAAACACACCACGCAGCUACCUUCUUCGCCGCUCGCUUCUUUGCUUCUCUUCUUCUCCUGUUGUGCGUACAGUUGCCAAAAUCCAAUACCCAUCUCAGGUAACUACGCCGUCAGUUUAAGGUACCACUCAUUCUUUUCAAUACCCAAAACUCAAUGCAUUUUUUUCAUAAUUUUUCUCUUUUACAGAAUGAUCCUUUAUUAUGUUAGAGCUUCAAAAUCCAAUCUUAAAGAUUUCAACGUUCUCUUUUCUUCCCUCAAACGCUUAAUCUUCUAUUCAUCUCUUCAUCAUUUUCAACACCCCUCUGACCUCACACUCACAAAUAUUAGAGCUAACAGUAAUGAUAUUGACAAUAUUAAGAGGAGUUAUAAUAACAAUAAUGGUGCUAUGGCUGAUAAUCCCAUUAAAGAUUCAGACUUUAAGGAAUUUUUCUUAAAGAGGAUUGAAGAAAAGAGAUGGGAUUUUGAUGAGGAAAUUUGGGCUGUUCCAGAUUGUUUUAAUUCUUUGAUUUAUGAUUCUGAUUUGUUAGUGAAAACUCUUAGCUCAAUUCGUCGUAGGCCGAAUGUGGCGUUGAGAUUAUUCAAGUGGGCUGAAAGGCAAAAAGGGUUUAGUUAUUCAGAGUUUGUUUUUUGUACUAUUCUUGAUAUUUUAAUACAGAAUGGUUGGUUGAAAUCUGCUUAUUGGGUUGUUGAAAGGGUGAUUAGUUGUAAUGUGCAUAGAGUUGUUGAUGUUUUGGUUGAUGGGUAUUUGAAUUUGCAAGUUUCUGUUGAGAUACUUAAUCUUUUCUUGAGGGUUUAUGCUAAGAACGCGAAUGUGGAGCAGUGCUUGUUAGUUUUUGAAAAGAUGUUGAGGAAUCAGCUGUUGCCUGAUGUAAAGAAUUGUAAUAGAAUUUUAAGGAGUUUAAGGGAUAGGAAUAUGGUUGCGAAGGCGAGAGAAGUGUAUAGGAUGAUGGGCGAGGUCGGGAUAAAGCCGAGUAUAGUUACUUAUAAUACGAUGCUGGAUUCGUUUUGUAGAGAAGGUGAAGUGCAACAGGCUUUGGAUCUUUUAUCAGAAAUGCAGAGGAAGGAGCGUUAUCCGAAUGAUGUUACUUACAAUAUCUUGAUUAAUGGGUUGUCGAAGAAAGGGGAGUUUAACUUGGCUAGAGGUUUAAUUGGAGAGAUGUUGAAUAAAGGACUAGAGGUUUCGGCUUAUACGUAUAACCCUUUAAUUUAUGGUUACUGUGAGAAGGGAAUGGUUGUUGAAGCAUUGGGUCUUGGAGUAGAGAUGGAGAUAAGAGGAGUUUCACCGAUUGUGUCUACUUAUAAUACAUUUAUUUAUGCGCUUUGUCAGCAGGGGCGAGCAAGUGAAGCAAGGCAGUGGUUUUCCGUCAUGUUGAAGAAGAAUUUGGUGCCGGACAUAAGGUCAUACAACACUUUGAUUUAUGGAUAUUGUCGAUUAGGAAAUACUAAUGAUGCCUUUUCAUUGUUACAUGAUUUAAGAACUGGUGACAUUUUUCCUACGGUAGUCACCUAUAAUACAAUUAUGGAUGGACUCUGUGGAAAAGGUGAGUUAGAGGAUGCUAUGCAGCUGAAAGACGAAAUGACAAGAUGCGGUAUCUCUCCUGAUGUGUUUACUUACACGAUUCUGGUUCAUGGUUCCUGCAAGGCGGGAAAUUUACUGUUGGCAAAAGAACUAUUUGAUGAGAUGCUACACAAGGGGUUGGAGCCGGACUCCGUUGCCUACACAACUCGAAUAGCAGGUGAACUGCGGUUGGGUGACAUAUUAAAGGCGUGCAAACUACAAGAGGAAAUGUCGGUGAAGGGAUUCCCGCCAGAUAUAAUAAUCUACAAUGUAUUUGUUGAUGGCAUCGCUAAGCUGGGUAAUCUAGAAGAAGCAACUGAGUUGUUACAUAAGAUGGUUGGCGACGGCCUUAUGCCUGACCAUGUAACAUAUACCAGUGUAAUUCAUGCCUACCUCGAAUUUGGGAACCUAAAGAAAGCCAGAGAGUUGUUUGAUGAGAUGAUAAGCAAAGAGAUAUCUCCAACAGUUGUAACUUACACAGUGCUAAUUCAUGCGCAUGCUGGUAAGGGGAGGCUUGAGCUUGCACAUAUGUAUUUUUCGGAGAUGCAACAGAAGAGCAUUCUGCCAAAUGUGAUUACCUACAAUGCACUGAUAAAUGGCCUUUGCACAUAUAGAAGAAUAAAUGAGGCUUACAGUUACUUUGCUGAGAUGAAAGCAAGAGGAAUUGGCCCUAAUAAAUACACAUACACCAUUUUGAUAAAUGAGAACUGUGAUUUGGGUAACUGGCAAGAGGUUUCGAGACUGUUCAAAGAGAUGUUGGAUAAAAGGAUCCAACCUGAUUCUUUAACGUACAGUGCGAUGUUGAAAAAUCUCGGCAAAGAUUGUAAAUCACAUGCCAUAGAAUACCUUGACUUUAUAAUUUUAGGUGAUGAAGGUGAUGAAGGCACUGCUGAAGCAAAGAGUUGAGCAAUCCGUGAACGACCACUGGAAUUCUUGAAUGACUACCUUCAGUUGUUGAACUUUGAUCCAAAGGUAUAACACUGUGAGCUUCGUGCAGAAACCUCUGUAAUAGCUGCUGGUAUGCGUCUGGUGAAGCAGAUAGAGCUGUCAUGGUUCAUUUUGGAUUUGGGCCUACUUCAUAUUUGGGCAAACACAAAAGUCUAUGCGCAUUUCCAGAUAACACAAAACUCUAUUGCAGCAAGCAUGAUUUUAUCCGAGCUGUUUAGAGGUAUCAGGGAGUGAUUUAUGCCUUCUUCUGUGUCCUCUGAACCUGUGGACAUUCUUAUGAAUGUGGUGGCAUGCAGAUUCUUGAAAAUUUUGUGCUGGUACUUAUAUAAUUUUUUUCUUCAUUUAAUGAAAUCUGAGAAACUUAUCCUGUAUGCUUCUGUAUUUAAGUUUAUAUACCUGCUUAGUUCCGUUACUAGGAUAUACAUAUUUGUGGCCUAUCUGACCAGAAGUGGCACGUGUUGCUCCGAUCCCUGAAUAUUUCUACCCAAACGUCAAAGCAGUAAAGCAAAUAAUGCAACAUACUCUGGAAGUCGUGAGCGGUGGAUAAAUGAUCGUUGAGGAUGGUGCUAUUCUGCUGGAAUCUGCCAUAUCAAAUUCAAUCAUUUAAAGCGUGAUAUCAGGUGUUUAUUUUCCAUGUGCGCUGCCUGAAACGCAGCGGUAAAUGGUCAAAUGCAAGUUUUGAGAUCAUUGAGCAUCCCAUUUUCCUAAGCCGUGGUGGAAGAGUAAUCCAAUACGUGCUGCGGUGGGAGGUAGCAGGGACAGAGUAAAAUAGACGAGGUGCGCGCAAGUUGGCCCGGAUACCAUUUUUAUUAAAGAAGAACGACGAAAAGAAAGAAAGAACUCGCCAAGAGCAAUAUAUUUGAGAGUUGAGACACUGUGAUAAAGGUAUCCAUGUGGGAUUCACUACAAGAAUGUGUGCAAAAUCUUGAAUGGUGGAGGUUGAUAAGUUCAUUCUUCUACUCAAAACUGCAUCAUCAUUUGAUCUGCUAUUCACUUAAAGAUACAGCCUUAUCACAUAAUUUGAAUCUCAACAUAAUUCUGGACAUUUGCAGCUUUGGCAAUUUGGUUGGUGAAAGGCUGCAAGUGUUCCAAUGAGAAAGGAUGCAUGUUUUUGAAGUUCUUCAAAGUAGAACUUUCUUAUAGAACUUUCUUGUACCCAAUGGAAUUAGUCGAGGUGCGCGCAAGCUGGUCUAGGUGUAGGGGUAAGGUUUGCGUACACACUACCCUCCCCAGACCCCACUUGUGGGAUUACACUGGGUUUGUUGUUGUCGUUGUUGUUGUUGCGCGCAAGCUGGUCCAGACACCACCAUUAUCCAAAAAAAAAGUAGAGUUUUCUUGUAUGUGUUUGUUAACUUCUUGUAAUUGCAUUUGUUUGUACAGUACUACUUACUCAAAAGAGCUGAAGCUGAUUUUCACCCCUCUCCU